CUUAAAAGCAGUUCUUUGGUCUGCUUUCCAAGUGACGCCCUCUUUCUCUUUCGUACUCUUCUGCUUCUUCUUCUCAACCCUGUGAAUCGAAAGGGACGAGGGUCCAUGGCGGCCAUGGACGUGGAUGAGGUCGAUGUGCUUGAUCCUCAUGCGGACAUCUACGCUCUAUUCUGCUAUUAUGAUUCUCUCUACUUCGAUGAAUCGCUUGGCGCUUGCUCUGUCUCCUGGAGCUCUUCACGCAUGACCAGAUGUGCAGGUGUUUGUCGCUAUCUGCCAGGGGGAGGGUGUGAAAUACAUCUUUCUGAGCCCUUGUUGAAAUUCCGCUCAACUGCUGAUGUAAAAAAUACAUUAUUGCAUGAGAUGAUACAUGCCUUUCUGUGGAUCAAACAUAAUAACAAGGAUCAUAGCAGUCAACAUGGACCGGGUUUCCAGGCUUUGAUGAAUAAAAUUAACUCAAGCUCAUUGAUAGAUCAUCAGAAACCAGCUUGUGGCUACAAUAUCACCAUCUACCAUCAAUUUCACAAUGAAGUUGACAGCUACAGACUUCAUCAUUGGAUUUGUGAAGGUUGUGGGGAUUUGAUCAAGAGGGCAAUCAACAGAGAACCAUCAGCAGGUGAUUGCAUGGAGCGCUUCCGUGAAAAUGGAUCGUGCGGAAAUACUUCAUGUCAUUGGCAUAACCACAAAAUGGUAUGUUCGGGUAGCUACAAGAAAAUAGCAGAACCACCUGGAUACAAGGGAAAGAGAAAGAGAGCAAAAGAACAAGAGCUGCCAGAUAAUAAGCUUAGUGGGCGUGGAGGCAUUAUUAACAAGCUGACCCAGAAAUCACAGAGUAAAGCAGAAAGUAAAGCUCAGUGUAGUCUUGACAACAUGAAAUCACUGACCAGUUUCUUUCCAUCGGCAAGCAAUCGUCACACUGGCACUUCUUUACCUGAGGACUCGAAACUUGAGGCGCUGAAAGCUGUUGAGCCUAAGAUGCAGACUCUUGCACUAGUUUCCCAGUUUCCUAAACGCCCAAGGACUGCACACUCCCAGAAAAGCAAAUAUGUGUGCAAUAAGAGGAGAAAAGUCGAUAAAGAAAAGGAUAGAUGCAUUGUGUUCAGCAAGUGGUUGGGCUGGUUUGCAGACGAAGAAACUGAUGAAGAAGUAGAGCCUUUGAUAAACAAGAGAACAGAAAGAAGGAAAAAGCUAAAGCUGCUGGAGAAUCAGAAAGGAAGACAUGUGGAAUCUCAGGCUUCAGAUGCAACUCAAACUGCAAAUUCGAGUACAAGUAUUUUCCACGGGAAUGAAGGGGAAUUGAUGGGGAAUUAUUUAUUAUAUCACCAAAAUGAAAAUGGAGGACCUGUUGGAUGUUAGAACCUGAGUAGUCUGGAAUGAAUUAGCUGCCGGUUUAGCAAGUAAACUUGAGACAUCCAAUGAAGGUGGUUUUUUUUUGCUGUUGGCUUAAAAAUCAUGGCUGCUUUAUGGUUUUCAUUUGCUAAUCUGAGUUUAUGUAACAUUUUGAGUGUUGUGCAUAUGUUUGAUGGUUAUAGUGGUGAUUGUAGUGGGAGGAAAGCAAUGUAAUUAGUAGUGGAUCCAUGUUUAUCAAUGUUAACCAGUCUAAGAAGAUCAGUGUCUAGAGGAUCCCCUUUUGUUUUUGA